UCCUCACAGGCUCACAGUCUGCAAGAAGCCGAGAUCCCCGCACAUACUACGCCAAUGGCCGCCGCGGAGACCAAGCGGGGUCACCGCCGCCACUUCGUGCUGGUGCACGGGAUGUGCCACGGCGCGUGGUGCUGGUACAAGGCCGUCACCGCUCUUCGCCGCUCCGGCCACCGCGCCACGGCGCUCGACAUGGCCGGCUGCGGCACGCACCCGGCGCGCGUCGAUGAGGUCCGCAGCUUCGAGGAGUACUCGCGCCCGCUGCUCGACGCCAUGGCCGCGCUGCCGCCCGGGGAGCGCGUGGUGCUCAUCGCGCACAGCCACGGUGGCUACAGCGUCGCGCUCGCGGUCGAGAGGUUCCCGGACAGGGUCGCCACGGCCGUGUUCGUCGCCGCGUCCGAGCCGGCUGUCGGCCGUCCCAUGGCUGCCACCAGUGACGAGUUAUUAGCAUAUGUUGGACCGGAUUUCUUCCUGGACUCAACGGAGCUCCAACAAGAGGAUCCUAAUAUCAAGGGCAAACCAUUUAUCUUUGGACCCAACUUCAUGGCUCAAACGCUGUACCAAUUGAGCCCACCAGAGGACUUGACUCUGGGCCUGAUGUUGAUCAAGCCAGCCAAUCCAUUGACAACAGGCAACCCAGAUGAAACGGUCAUGAGGGAUGCGAAAUUGCUCACAGAGGAGCGGUACGGGUUGGUGAGGCGAGUGUUCGUCGAGGUGGAGGACGACCAUGGCAUCCCGGUGGAGUUCCAGAGGCGCAUGGUUGCGCAGAGCCCCAGCAUAGAGGUGGAGGAGAUCGCCGGAGCUGACCACAUGGCCAUGCUCUCACGGCCAGAGGAGCUGGUUGAGCUCCUGAGCAGAAUUGCCAACAAUUGAAGCAACGACUGCUGGAAGCAGAACAAGAUUCUUCCUGCCAAUGUGGCACAUGAACAGACCGGAUGGUCGGUGGGGUUGCACAUUCAUGGCUAAGCUGCAAACUUGUUCAAUUGAUAUUAUUGCUGGCAAUAGAUGACCAGUAAAUAUGACUAAGCUCAUCUGGUUUCUCCUUUUCCUUCUUAAGGAUGUACGAAGGUGUUGUGCUUCAUAUCCACCAUAUUAUUCUGGAGGUGACUUGAUAAACAAAGAUCACUAUGCGAGUACAAAGAGAUGUAUUCAUAGAGCAGCAUAGGUUAUAAAGCAUAAUGACAAUAUUCUUGAUUAGCGGCAAAUGACCAUGAAAUCAGGAAUACUCUGUCAGGUCCUUGCAUUCUCU